AUGGAUGAUGGACAACUUCGACAGCAACAGUUAUUACAACAGUUGCAACAACAACAAAUACAUCAUCAACAACAACAACUACAACAACAACAACAACAUCAAGCGUCGCCACAACAAUAUCCCCAAGUACAUCAAGUACAACUACAUCAUCAAAUGCAGCAACAGCAGCAUGUGAAUCAACAACAAGUAUAUCAUAUGCAACAGCAACAAGUUCAGUACAUGCAACAACAGGUUCAUCAACAACCACAACAACAUGUGUAUGUACAGCAGCCAUUGUUGCAUCAACAACCAAUACAGCCACAACAGUGGCCCAUGUAUCAGAACCAUCAGGUGGUCAAUAGUCCCCCGACAAUGGUCUCCACUCCACCUCCAAUGCAGCAAUAUGUAACGCCUAUGCAACCGGUUCAUCAAGUUCAAUUGAAUGGCACCCAAUCUCCCCCAUCUCAGAGUCAACAGCAUCAUCAAGUCAAUGUACUACCAAUCCAAUCACCUCAAGCGAAUGUUGCACAACGUGUUGUACAGCCACAGCCACAAGUACAGCCACAGCCACAGCCACAGCAACAGACUCAAGUACAGCCACAGACACUGAUACAGCCACAGCCACAGCCACAGCCACAACAACAACAACAACAACAAGCACAGUUACAACACAAUGUUGUAGCAUCAGCCAAUACUACACCACCUGUCAAGGCUACGCCGGCAUCAGCAUCGACCAUGGUAUUGUCUGAGAACGAGGACGAUGACCUUUUGGUUAAUGAUGAGGAUGAAGAUGAAGAGGAGAACAAACAACCGAGCAAACAACAACAGAAGGAUGAGGUUGAGGAAGAGGAGGUAGAGGAAGAAGAGAUGAUCGACGACUUUGACUCAUCAGAGGGCAAGAAGGAAAGCGAUGACGACUAUGUACCCGAUGAAGACGAGGAUGAUGAAGACGAAGAUGAAUACAGAACACCAUCUCCACCUCCCCGCUCAAUCAGCACUCGCUCACGAAGACCCAACAUCAACUACUCCAACGACUAUCUCCUCGACGACGAGAUGGACGAUGAAGAUGAGAACUUCAUCGAUGACGACUCUGACGAAGACUAUGAUCCCAAUCCAAAGAAGAAGAAGAAGAAGACGACAAAAGCACCAGCCAGGAAGAAGGCUGCAGCACCGACACGUGGAAGAAGGGGCGGGACAAGAAGAAAUCAAUACUUGGAGGAGGAUGAGUUGAGCGAGGAGGAUGAGAUGCCUGUGACUAGGGCACCUACUCGUGAGCGUAGACAAACUGUUAGACUAUACGACGAGAUCAACACCAAUGAGGACGCCAACGGUGUCGUCGAGGAAGGGGAGGACGAUGCAGCACAGCAGAGCGCGAGCGAAGAGGAGGUGUACAGCGAGCACAGCUACUCACAGUCCGAGGAGGAGGAGGAGGAGGAAGCAUCAGACGAGCUCUAUAGCGACGCCAGUGACCGAAAGCCCGUACGCAGGGCAAAGACGACAAAGAAGGCGGCGGCCCCUCUACCACAGUCGAUCACAUUUAGCAACCUGCGACAGAGGACCAACAAGGUCAGCGCGGCGGCAUAUCUGCAGAGCAGCGACGAGGAGGACUAUGAGGACAUGUACGAGCUCAUCGAGCCACAGCCCGUGGGCGCUCCAGAGGUCAUCGAGGACACUGUGGAGAAGAUUGUCGAUCAUCGUCUCAAGGCGGACGUCAAGCCCGAUGAGCACGAGACAACAUUCAACGUGGAGCUCUACGAGUUCCUCGUCAAGUGGAAGGGCUGGGCACAUAUUCACAACACAUGGGACAUAUACGAGAAGCUCAUGGGAUUCAAGGGUGGCAAGAAGCUGACCAACUAUGUCAAGAACAUUAUUGAGGUCAACCAGUGGCGCAAGGAAGCCUCGAGGGAGGAGCUCGAGCAGGCGGACAUUGCAAAGGAGACAACGAUCCAGGAGUACCAGGAGUGGCUCAAGGUGGAGCGUAUCAUUGCCAGUCAGGAGGUGGAAGUCAGCGAGGACAAUGCCACUGGCGUGCAGUAUCUCGUCAAGUGGUGCAGUCUGCCCUACUCGGACGUGACGUGGGAGAACCCCGAGGACAUCAAGGAGUACCAGAGCGAGAUCGAUUCAUACCUGGCGCGCAUGCAGUCAAUGCAAUCAAGUGCCAAGCACCUCGGAGGUGUCAGUGUCAAGAAGCGUCUGGAGCAGGGCUUUGUCAAGCUGGAACAGCAGCCCGACUGGCUGAACGCAGGCACUCUCAGAGACUACCAAAUGGAGGGUCUGAACUGGUUGGUACACAGCUGGGUCAACAAUGUCAACGUCAUUCUAGCCGACGAGAUGGGUCUCGGCAAGACAAUCCAGACCAUUUCAUUCUUGUCGUAUAUGUAUAAUGUGCAGAACAUGAGCGGACCAUUCUUGGUCGUUGUGCCCCUGUCCACCAUUGAGAACUGGCAGCGCGAGUUUGCCAAGUGGGCACCAGAGUUGAACGUCGUUGUGUACACUGGCAGCUCACCCAGUCGAGACGUCAUCCGUCAGUAUGAGUUCUACCACGCUGGCAAGUUUGGUCGCAGGAAGAUCAGCUUCAAUGCCCUGCUCACCACCUACGACUUUAUCUUGAAGGACAAGCAAACACUUGGCGCCAUCAAGUGGGAGUACUUGGCGGUGGAUGAGGCGCAUAGAUUGAAGAACAAUGAGUCGAUGCUGCAUGAGGUACUCAAGUACUUCCACACGUCCAAUCGUCUGUUGGUCACGGGUACGCCACUGCAGAACACGCUCAAGGAGUUGUGGAACCUGCUCAACUUCCUCAUGCCCAACAAGUUCCACUCACUCCAAGAGUUCCAGGAGCAAUACUCGGAGCUCAAGGAGAAGGAGCAGAUUGCCGAACUGCACAACGUGCUCAAGCCACAUCUGCUGCGACGUAUCAAAAAGGAGGUGGAGAAGUCGCUGCCCGCCAAGACCGAGAGGAUUCUUCGCGUUGAGCUCUCGCCAAUGCAGAAGAAGUACUACCGCUGGAUCCUCUCCAAGAACUUUGCCGAGCUCAACAAGGGCGUCAAGGGCGAGAAGACCACCCUGCUCAACAUUGUCACCGAGCUCAAGAAGACAUGCAAUCAUCCCUAUUUGUUUGAGAAUGCCGAGGACAUGAACGUGGAGAAUCCGCUCGAGGCGAUGGUCAAGGGCAGCGGCAAGCUGAUACUGCUGGAUAAGUUGUUGGUGCGUCUGAAGGAGACUGGCCAUCGUGUGCUGAUCUUCUCUCAGAUGGUGCGCAUGCUUGACAUCCUGGCCGACUACCUCAAGGGCCGAGGAUUCCUCUUCCAACGUCUGGACGGCUCGACGUCGCGUGAGAAGCGUUGUCAGGCCAUGGAUCGCUUCAACGCCGAGGGAUCGCCAGACUUUUGUUUCCUGCUGUCGACACGUGCCGGUGGUCUGGGCAUCAACCUGUCCACAGCCGAUACGGUCAUCAUCUUUGACAGUGACUGGAACCCCCAGAACGACCUCCAGGCCGAGGCCAGAGCGCAUCGUAUUGGUCAGAAGAACGCUGUCAACAUCUACCGUCUCGUCUCAAAGGGCACGAUCGAGGAGGACAUCCUGGAGCGCGCCAAGCAGAAGAUGGUGCUCGAUCAUCUUGUCAUCCAGUCCAUGGAGAAGCCAGGCGGUAAGGCUGCCUCCUCCAACAUUGGCUUCAACAAGGAUGAGCUCGAUGCCAUCCUUAGAUUCGGUGCCGAGGACAUCUUCAAGGAGAACGACGAGGCCAACCCGAUGGCCGAGAUGGACAUUGAUGAGAUCCUUUCCAGAGCCGAGCAAAGGGAGGCCAACUCUGAUCCCACGACUGCAGGUGAGGAGCUGCUCAACUCAUUCAAGGUUGCCAACUUCAAUACAGGCGAGAACACCAAGGAAGAGCCAAACUGGGCUUCGAUCAUCCCAGAGCAAGAUAGACCAGUCAACCAACCUGAGGAGACACAACUGUACCUCGGAACGAGAAGAGCAAGGACAGACACCAAGGCGCCCGAGCCCAAGAAGAAGUCGAGCAACGAGCCUGUCAUCAUCACCAAGAAUCCAAAGAAGGAGAUCACCGCCUUCAACAAAAAGGAGUUCAAGUCGUUGGUCAGAUCAUUGAAGAAGUUUGGCAGUUAUCGCAGGUGUAGGGAGAUACUGGAGGAUGCUGGUCUUGGUACCAAGCCAUUGCGAGUCACAGAGGAUAUAUGUAGAGAGAUCAUCGAAGUGUGUAGAAAGUGUAUAAAGGAGAACCCAGGAACUGACAAAGUUCACGUUGUAUACAAUGGUGCGGACAUCAAUGCAACAGAGUUUGUUCAAAGAGUUGACGAGAUGGCUGUGUUGUCACAACUGUGUGAGAAGCAUGUCAAGAACUACGAACAUUUUAGAAUCACCUUCCCAACGAGGCCAGUGUCAUGGGCGAUCAAGUGGGGGCCAAAGGAGGACGCAAUGCUGCUCAUGGGCAUCCACCUCUAUGGCAAUGGCAACUUUGAAGCCAUCCAGAAGGACACAUCGUUGGGAUUCGAAUCGGUGAUCUCACUGAGCAAUGAGGAGGCCACAGCACAGGUGGAUGCAUCAGCACCAGCCCCCUCUACCAAGAUCAAGGUUCCAACACUACAGCGAAGAGUGGACUCGUUGCUAAAGGCUGCCAAGGACUCGGUGAUUACCAAGCGAGCCACAAACAAGGAGCCUCUGACCAACAGCAACAAUACACUCAAGAAUCCACUUUCCAAGAAGAGAAGGAGACCGCUGCAGCAGAAUGAAGCGGGCGAGGAUGAGGAGGAACAGGUCGACACGAGGACACAGAAGCAAUCGCGAACAUCAACGACAUCCACCAGUAGUCGAUCAAGGACAACCAAGCAACAGGCCAACAACAACAACGAUGACUACGUCUAUCCCACCAGGAGGACCAGCUCAGGUAGAGUAUCCACUCCACCUUCAAAGCUCAUUGCAUCACCGCAGAAGGGUGCCGCGUCCAGCAGUAGUGGCAGCGGUAGCAGACGCGGUGCGACCUCCACUUCCACCACUUCAACCAGCUCCACAUCCUCCACGAGGAGCAGACUGCUGUCAGACGAAGAGGACACCAGAGGUCAUCAUGGCGGCAGCAGUAGCAACAGCAACACGAGGAAGAGACAUGACGCUGAGUCAGACGAGGAGACAACCAUCAAGUACGACAAAGCGUUGUUGGCAAAGUGCAAGCAAUAUCUUAUGCCAAUCAAGAAGCACUUGGAGAAGUUCAAGCAACUGGCCGAUGACAAUAUGUCACGAGAUGACAAGGUGCGCAAGACAAAGAAGUAUCUGUUGUCAUUGGGCAAUGAGAUCACCAGUGUGUUGGACAAGAACAAAGGAAGCACAACGCUGGACAACCACCUGUGGUACUACGCGUCACAGUACACGGCCAGAGGUGGCUCAGAGCUCAAGCUGCUGUACAACAAAAUGAAGAAGCAAGAGAAGCCACCGAUGAAGCUUACACUGAGUCUGCCAAGACCAAAGUCAUGA